UACUUAUAAUUUGAAGUUAUCAUUAUGUUUAAAUGAAAUGAUAUAAUUAUAUGGAAUGGCUGAAUUGCAUAUAAUUGGUAGGAUUUUGUCAGCAAAAGAUUUUAAACAAUCACAACUUUUAUGCAAGUGGAGCUUCCAUACUGGUAAUGGAUGGAAAGUAUUGAACGGUUGUGAAGAAGGACAAACUCAAGAAAGCUGCGACAUAUAUAUUAAUGAACCAAUUUGGGAUCAUCCUAUAGAUUUACAUUAUACAACUCAAACUCUUCAAAAUUCACCAAAGCUUUUAUUGCAAAUAUUUUUUAGAGAUACACAUGGAAGGGUAUUGUUUGGAUCUUAUGGAAUUUGUAAUAUUCCAUUAUCCCCUGGAUUACAUUGCAUAGAAUGUCACACAUGGAAACCAAUUGGUAAUUGGAAAGAUAGAUUAAGAGAUAAAUUUUUGGGAAUAACUUUACAACUGAAAUCUCCAAGUGUCUUAGUUAAUUCCUUGGAUAGAUUUGAACUGCUUACAGAAAGUAUGGGUACAGUUAAAAUUGAAUUACACAUACUUACAAGAAAUUUUGAAAAAUAUGGAUGUCACAUCAAAAUGUUUACAAACAUAUUUCUAUCAAUAUUUCUUUAUCUUACAUUCAAUCAAUUAAUACAUACAAAGAAACUUGAAGAUAUACUUACAUGUGCAAAUGAAACAGAAUGUGAUGAAUUAGUAGAAAAAGAUGUAUCACAAGGAACAUUAAGUACCACGACUGAUAGCAUUUAUAAUACAACUAGUACUAGUACUAGUACAAGUAGUUCUAUAUAUCCAACACAAAUUACAAAGAUUAAUAUAUCAACUAUGCAAACACCUCACAAAAUUAAAUACAAUAGUGAAUUAAAAAAUCAUACUGUACAUAAGGUGGAGUCUGCUGUAUGUGAAUGUGAUUUAACAGUAUCAUCAUGUGACAUUAAUUGUUGUUGCGAUAAAGAUUGUAAUGAAUUCCAUUUAACAGUAUUUUCACAUUGUGAAGAUCAUCCAGCAGAAUUGUAUGAUAAACGUUAUUGUUAUCACAAAAAUUAUAUAGAACGAAAUAACACUCCAUUUAUACUUGAAAAACUCGCAAAUAAUUUGUUUUGUAUUUUAUAUGACAAUCUUCCGCCUACAUAUAGCAUUACUAACGAUUUGGAUAUAAAAACAAAUAAAGAUUUAAAAGAAGCAAUGAAUCCAAAUAGACUGACAUGGAAAUGGAAAGACCAAUUAUAUGUACCUGAAUAUAACAAUUCUAGUCCUUAUAAAGAUAAUGACAUUAUAUGGAAAAUACAUGAUAAUUAUGUGGAACCUUUGGAAAUUCCACAAUCUGGUUUUACUGAAUUAUGUUCAUUUAAGAAAACUGUAAAAUAUCUUCGUGAAUGGAAACAUCAGUGUUUACAAACUGAUUUAAAUAAUACAAAUAAAUUUUUAUUUCCAACAGCAUUUAAUAAUUUCACUGUUAUUGUAUCUCCCCAUUUAUUAAAUGAAACCUAUAUCAUGACAUCAAACGAGAGUUGUCCCAGAAAUGUGUGUCUAACAUUAACUAAUUAUUACUGUAAAUAUUCUUGGAAAACAUGCAACAAUGACACUAUCUUAGGAUCCUGUUCUAAUGGAACAUGUUACAAUAUUGUAACAGGUGUGAAGUAUAUAAUUAUUCACAAUGGUUCCAUGGGGAUUAAUAGCUUCAAUGUAUAUUUUAAUAUAGGAAACGUUUCUCAACAUUUUUAUCAACAAUUUGAAAUAAGUUAUGAAUGGGCAGAAGUAGAUAAAGAAAAAACUUUUUCUUUAAGCGGUAAUCCAGGCUAUAUUUUUGGAAGACCAUUAAUUAUUGGUACCUUACAAAUAAAUAAGACUAAUAACGUGGAAGUUAGAUAUAUUAAUUUUAAUAAAACUAAUAGUUUUUUUACAUUACCUAUAGCUACAAGAUAUGGUGAAUGUAGUGAAGAUAACAGAUAUACUCCUCUUUUUGGAGAAGAUAUUAAGCUGAAAUGUUCUAUAUCUUUAAAAACUAAUAACUUUAAUACAACAUCUUGUAUAAAGUUGCAAAAUCAUAUAAUGCUUCUUAUAAUGACAAAUUCUUUAUUCAAUGUUACUCAGAUAGAUAAAUACAGUAUUUAUGUUUCCAAAUCGGGUAACUUCUUCAGCAAUGAUACAGCUGAUUGGGCACAAAUAUUACUUGACAGAGUGCCUCAAAAUACUAUUACAGGACAUUUAAUUAAUGGUCGAGCAUACUGUUCAGGGUUAGUAACAUCUAUACAGUUAGAUAUUUUAUAUUCUGCAUUAGCAAAACCAAAAUCCCUGACUAAUUAUAAUAUACUAGGAGUAGGUAUCACUUUUGCACAAGAAUCUGAUAUAUUCUGGUCAAAGUGUAUGUCUGAAAACUGUACAGAUAUAUUGCAAGUAGAUAUUAUUAAUUAUGUUAUGUUCCAUGAUAUAUCGAAGCCGUCCAAAUACUACUUUGCAGGGAGUCCUAAUUUAGAUCUUACAUUGCCAUAUGAUUUUUUUUAUCCAUUUUUAGGUAGGUCAAACUGUAUUGAACCUAGUGUGUUUUUAAUUAAUAUAACAUUCGCUAUAUUUUUGCGCAACUUUUUGUAUUUCAUCUAGUUAUUAUAUUAUUACAUAGCUUUGUUUAUAUUCUUAAAAUACAAAUUACAAUUUAAAUUAAACUAUCAGUGAAUAAUAAAAUAAUUUUAUUUGACGUAAACAAAUGGGAAGUUUGAAAUGAUACAAGAACUAAUUUAUUACAUUAGAUUAAUGCAGUGUAUAUUUAAAAGAAAUAAAAGCUAGAAACUAUGUAAUGUUGUAUAUUUUAUUGCACGAGUUUUUUAAAUGUAAUCAGAUAAUUCGCCUUUUAUUUUUUAUAUAAGAGAUAACAAUUAGUUUAUUCAAUGGCUCAUAGUAUAUUCUGUUGAACAAAAGACUAUGUUCAACGGAUUUUCAUCCUUGAAAUAAAUAUAUAUAAAUAAUGUUUUUAUACUUUUCACUCAUUUAAUAAUGUUAAUUUUGAUAGGUUGAAGUGUCACAAAAAGUAGCAGUUUACGCCAUCUCUAGUUGCCACAUUGUUCAGUCAGUAACUACAAGUAAAUGCUGGAAAGUUGAGAAGAUAGUUGGGUUAGAACUCGCAUUGUUGCCAGUUUUACUUUUAGUACGGCUAGUACUAGAGUUGGACGUAUCUGAACGCGCGAUGAGUACGUUCUCAUGGACUACGUUUCCAUCGAGGGUCCAAAUCGGGUCAGAGUCGGGUUAGAGUCGGGUUUGAGUAGCGGGUUGGAGUUGCGGCAGGGUUGAACAUUACCAACUGCACAAAGUCAACUACCAUAUU